AUGGAUAAUCAGUUACUCUGGCCACUCCAUGGAUUUUAUUGUGUUUCAAUAUUCACGAUUCCUCUGUAUUUAAUGGUACUUGUGUGUCUUCUGAAAUUAAGAUGUUAUUCAAAAACCUAUGUCACAACCUUUUAUACGAUUUUGUUGCAACAUUGUAUUGCUGAUAUUAUAAUAAUGGUAAACUACAUUGCAACGUGGGGUCUUCGGACUGUUCCUGGAAUUAAAGAUUAUUAUUUCAAGUAUCAAACAUUUUAUAUUCCUGCUUGGACAUAUAACUCUGUUUAUUACACAUUGUAUAUCCGAUGUACUGGAAUUGUUUUUCUUUCAAUUAAUCGUUUUCUUGUCAUUUCUGCACCAUAUAAUCGAUUGACUGCAAUAGUUCAGGAAUGUUCUACGUGGAAGAUCAUAGCAGUUUAUUGGAUUGUUCCGACUUUGAUAAGUAUUGUGGUUUUGAAGGAUGCAGAAAUAAAAUAUGAUUCGUUGGAUAUUAUGGAACUAGUGGUAUCUAGAGGAAUUAUUACGAGAAAUACACUAAUGGCUCUUAUAACUGUGGCUAUCACUUGUCUUAUCUGCGUAGCAUCCUAUGUAAUCAUGUGGAUUACUCUCCGAAAACAUUCCGCUGGAAUCACAAAAUCUGUACAAAGAGAACUGCUUCUGGCUGUACAAGUUUUCUCAUUGUUGUGUGCAUUUUUUAUAAUGUUCCUGUAUUAUUUAUUGCAAAAUUACUUCUCGCAAACCCAAAAUGCAGGCCCAGUGUAUACAAUGCGUGCUUUGUAUCCAAUCGCCAAUGGUACUUUGUCAUAUAUCAACCCAUUUUGCAUACUUCUUCUAAAUCGAGAUUUUUCUAGACAAUUCAUGAGAACACUCAAGUGCGCGGGAGUUCGAGUUAGCGAAGUCAAAGUAUCUACAGCUACACCACUUCCAAUUGUAGUUCGAGGAUCCAUACAAUAA